AUGUCAUUUACAGCACUUAACUCAGAUAAUUGUGGAACGGCAAACGCGCCCGAGCAGCGCACAGGUUCCACGUACGCGGCUCGUGUCAGCACGGCCCGUCUCAUGCUUGCAGAUAGGAGAAAUAGACAGCUGGUUAUUUCAGGAGAACGAGCUGGACUUGCCACAACCUACAAGGCUUAUACGCAAGAAGAUAUACGUGGACGUCUCGGACGACCCAGUUUCCCCGCCGGCGAAAAGAACAAAACUUUCUUAGGACAAGGAAGAUCACGUCCCGAGAGGACGUCGACUCACCAGGGCUGCAGUACAACGUGGUUCUGUCUCGGAUAUAUCGUGCUUCAAAAGACGAUAGAGGACAAGAACACGGCAAACCUUACAGUCACCCGUCUGGAGGUGGAAAAGCAGCAGCAGCAGCAGGAGCUGAAGAAGCUCAAGGAGGAGACCAAAAAGCUGAAGGAGCGUCUUGGCAAAUCGGAAAGCGAGCAGCGACAGACAAAAAAGGAGUUAACUUCUAAAGCAAAAGAGUGCAAUCAGCUUCGGAUUCAACUUGCUGCGUCGGAAACCCAAGCAACCAAGCGAUCAGCCGACGUGAAGAAGCUAUUGGCGGAUUUCAGCUCCCAAAUUGAUAUGGCAUCGUUACCCCAGGCUGCAGCUGCUUCAACUUGA